GGUUUGUGGAGGAUAACCUUUAAGGAAGCAGAGAGGACAUCACGUACAGUCACAUAAGGACCAUUGAAACAGAUAUGGCCAGCACGGUGAGAGGACUGCUCCUGCCUUUACUGGUGGUCCUCAGCUUCAGUGUUCCAUGUAUUUGUGUCUACAGCAGCGGAGAAUGCUUCUUUAACACUAAAGGCAGCUGUGAAUACAUGGGCCAAAGGUUUAACAUGGGAGAGAGCUGGAUGACCAGUGACUGUCUGCAGUGCACCUGUAUGGAGCCUUUUGGAGUGGGCUGCUGCGAUCAUGGGUCAAAGCCUGUGGACUAUCCGGACUGGUGCGAGAUCAUCCGAAAGCCUGACUCGUGCACCAGUGUGGCUGUGAUGAAGGCCAACCACAAACUGCCGUGUCUGUGGGGAUGGGGACGUCUUCGGACCGCAGCCGGACAGCCCUGGAAAUCUGACAAUGAUCCAUUAUUCUGAGCUCACAACUAACAACUCUUAUUAGUAUUUAUUUGACUUUAAUAAAAUAUUGAAUAUAUUAUCAAUAUUUAUUGUACCAUGUUAUACGUUUACUUUCAUUAAAAAAAAACUAAAAAAAAACA